AUGUCUGACACAAUCACCACUUCGCUCCUUCUCAACGAUUUCGGCCCUCAGACACUGGUGGCCGACGUUCUGGGCGCCGACGCGACCGCAACUACCUACUUGCUGAAUUGUCCUAGCGGCACCGACAGCAAUGACUGCGGCGUGUAUAAUGCUUCCGUUACCAUCGGGCCCUGGGCAAGCCAGACUCUCCCAUCGGGCGCCAAGGAGACUGGUAACUACGACUUCUCCAUGUCAAUGGACACCUUCCAGUUCUCCCUGCACUGCGAGAUGAGCAAGACCGUCGCCCAAAAGUGCACCACUGUCAACAUCGGUGGCAACAAUGACAACACCCCGACACUGACCAUCUCGGCCAGCGAGCUUCAGGAUUAUGGCUUUACCUAUGUCCCCGUGACCAUUACUGCCGGCCAGGACAUUCUGAGCUCGGCAACUGCCAAGGCUACUGCAAGUGAUACGAAGGCUUCAUCCUCAAGCAGCUCGGCUGAUGCGAAGGAGACCGGCGCAGCCGCUUCUCGUGCUGUCGGAAUUCUUGCAGCCCUUUCUGUGGCUGUCCUUACCACAAGCGCGUUGGUGCUGUAA